AUGGACUCUUUCGCGCAAACCGAGUCCGAGUCCCUCUACACCAUUUAUCGUGGUGUAUGGACGAACUGGUCCCACGGACAAGUAUUGGGCCUCACGCUCACCCUUUCCCGACGCCAAGGCGACCUACUCAUUGCUUUUACUGCUCUCUUCGUCACCUUUGUCGGGACAAGCUUCUGGAGGAUUGCAUGCUUUGCCGUACACAGUCUGUAUUCUUCCGGGGAAGCUCGCGAUGCCCUGUACCAUCAACGACAGGCCACACUGCGCAACUCAGCCAAUGGUGCGACCGGCCUCAUCAGGUCACUGCAAAUGCUUCUCGCCUGGCGCGGUACCGCUGUCAAACCCUUCCGGCGAGUUUUGCCCGUCGUCGGCCUCGCUGUGCUCACUGUGUACGGAUUCGGCGCGGCAAGCGGUUUCUCCUCGAGGGUGUCGACGGCAAUGGGCAACGAAGUGCUGAUAUCCAGCGCGAACUGUGCAGCGCCGGUGGCAAUCUCGAACAACCUGACCGAGCAGCUGAGCAUCUACUGGCCGUACGUCACCAAGCGCAUGUCGUCGUACGCCAACUACGCGCAGCAAUGCUACAAUAGCAGCGCCAACGCCGAGCCGCAGUGCAACACAUUCGUCACCUCACAACUAAAAGCAACCAUCACACGCAACGCAUCCUGCCCUUUCAGUCCAGAGAUGUGCCGCACGCAAGAAGGCAACAUCUUCUUCGACACGGGUCUGCUCGACACGCACGCCGACCUGGGCUUCAACGCGCCGCCGGACCGCCGCUUCCUCUACCGCCGCACGACGCACUGCGCGCCCCUCGUGGCCGACGGCUACAGGAACAUUUCCAACUUCACCGCGCCGGACGACCCCAACUUCUCGACACCCUACGCAAAGUACCACUACGGGCCCCGCAACUCUGAUGUCAACGAGACGGCCACGUACAAGUACCCGCUCCUCGACCGCUUCCAAGCCGCAGACCGCAAAACGCUGAGCGCCGCCGCCGACUACAGCAUCGGCUCCGUCGAAGCCUGGACCACCUCCAACACCACCGCCCCGCACUCCUCCUUCUUCCCCCUCCCAGCCCUCCUCCCCCCCUCCCGCUCCCACCCCCCCGGCGACAUCGCCCUCCUCUUCCUCUCCGCCAACGACAUCUCCUACACCUCCCCCGUCUCCGACCCCUGGUACGCCGCCCACCAACCCGGCGGGCACUACUACAUCCCAGCCGUCGGCGCCGACGGCCUCGCGCUGCCCUCCCAGCAGCGCGCCGUGCCGCUCUACUACCGCGACGAGCCCGCGUCGGCGCUCGGCUGCGUGUCGCGCGCGCAGUGGUGCAACCCGCGACGUCAUCGUGAUGAUGAUGACGAUGAGACGACGACGCCUGGGCGCCGCUGCACGCCGCUGAGCGGGUACCUCGACGUCAACGCGGGGGUGGGCGACAUCGUUUCCGGGGAGGCGGAGCGCGACGCGCUGGAUUGGUACCGGUGGGCGGCGCUGGUGGAUGCGGAGAGCCUGGCGGCGGUGCCGGCGGCGCUGGGCGGCGGGCUGGCGGGCGGGGAGGGCUUGAAUUACGGGAUGCAGGGCCCGCUGGGGGAGGCGCAGUGGCAGAAGGAUGUCGAGAGGUGGCAUGCGGUGAGCUUGGCGGCGAUGCAGGGGCGCGUGGUGGAUACGGCGACGGGGCCCGGGGCGGGGGGAGGGGGAGCGGGGAUGGAGCGGUUCGUGGUCAGGCCGAAUACGACGGAGGCGGAGGGGUUGUGUGGGAGUCAGAAAAUACUAAGCACGGCGUAUACCAACAUCUCCCUCUUCGGCCUGGUUUUCAUCUACACGGUCGGCGGCUCCAUUAUUAUGGCUUCGUGGCUCCUCGAACCUUUUGUCGGCUGUUGGCAGAGGAAGAGAGGCAACAAUGCCAACAACUACGCCCGGAUUGAGUGGCUUGCCAACGACACGCUGCAUCUGCAGCGCUUGGCGCACGAAGAGCUGGGCCUGGGCAGCUGGAAGACCUGUGAUCGAGAGAUUCCGACGACAGAGAAAGGCGACGAUUUGCUCGGGGUGCUGGAUUUGGACGAGCCGGAGCAUCCGCGGCUGAAGGCGCCACCGUUGGGCGUGGCGGCGAGAUUGGUGGCGGCGGGGAGGUGGGACUCGGUGAGGAGAGUGAAGGAGGGGGAGGGGAAGAGAGAUGUUCCGGAAGAGAGGGUGUUGGAGAGGGAGGAUUCGAGGUCAGUGUCGAGUUGGACGGAGGCAUUCACCGAAAGGGGAGGCGUUUAG